AUGACCAAACUUUGGCUUCUUCUUCUUCUUCCUUACACAGUACUCGCUGGAAAGAUAACCAAAGAGGAGAAUGAAAUGCUAAAAAUAAAGUGCUCUCUCAAGGCAUCAGUGCUAUCACGCGUUAAACGGCGUCAACCAGCCAGCAGUUACGAAUAUCCAUUUGCGGCUGCCUUGUGCAUACGUCGUAUCGUGCCCGGAGGAGAAAUUGAAGAGCACUCCUUACCGACCUGUAGCGGUGUGCUGAUUUCACCCAGACACAUUCUGACUUCAGCAGUCUGCUUAUAUAUGGACUACCAGCGCUCGUGCACCCAUGGGUUACGCCCACCGAAACUAUCAGCGGAGAACAUCGGUGUUCUUCUUUCAAGCAGAUGCACGAAUUCGGAAUGCUGGUUCAACGAAAAAAUGCUAAGGCCCACUUCCGUGGUUAUGCAUCCCAGUUACGAAGAUUGCAUGCGCGAUGGUUCAUAUGACCUCGCCGUGAUUGAGUUGGACAAGGACGUGCGUACUGCCCCUAUUUGUAUGCCCGGGGCGUACUCUGCAAUUUCUAGGCCAGAAAACCUUAGAUAUAUUGGAUACGGAGAAGUAGAUGAACAUCAAGGUCUACAAUCACUUUGGUACCGGUAUAUACUGGAAGAAGGAAGAACUAUUUUUGCCUACAACAUGACCAUGAAAACUGACCAUGGCGCGGAAGACAACGGAGGACCACUCGUUCAGAAGAUGGAAGGGAAACACUAUCUCUUCGGUAUACAUGCGGGCUACGGUUACAGGGUGCACAACAGCGGGGGACGACAAAUCCCAGUAGCAGAGGGAGCCGUAUUUGCCGAUGUGCGGAAACAACUGACAUGGAUUUGCGAUGUAACGGGAGUUUGCUCACUUUAACCAACUAACGCUGACAGCCAACGGCGGAAUUUUCAUUGAGGCAACACCUUAAUAGCAGUUGAAAGUUGGUUUUUGAUACCAAUAAAAGUGUGC